CUGAGAUCGUGUAGGUGUUAGCUGCCUAAUUCAUUUUUGCCACACUUAAAGAAAAUAAUCUAUAUUUAAAUAUUCUGCAAAAAUCUGGCUUUUGCAUCGGAACAAAUGCUCAGAAACCAAAAGACUCCUAAGAAAAGGUCAGACCUGAUAUCGGUCACCAUGACGACAUGUACCACCCUCCCCAGCAUCUCUCCAGCUGCUCAUGUAGCAGCAGAGCUAACAACAGACGGUGAAGAGCAAAGUGAAGAUGAUGACUUGGCGCCUCCAUCAAAUCAUCUGGCCAAUGUGAAUAACAGUAAUAACAAUGAAGAGGAAAAAAAGCAGAAAAAGAAAAAGGAGAAAAAAGAGAAGAAAGAGAAGAAAGUAAAAAAGAAGAAGAAGGAUGAAAAAGAAGCUAGAGAAAAGGAAAAAGAGAAAGAAAAGGAAAAAGAAAAGGAAAAAGAAAAGGAAAAAGAAAAGGAAAAAGAAAAAGAAAAAGAGAAAGAAAAGGAAAAGGACAAAGAAAAGCCUAAAGAGGUUUUUGUCAUCAAUCCUGCUGGGAAUUUAUAUUACAACUGGCUUUUCUUCAUCACUUUACCUGUGAUGUAUAAUUGGACCAUGAUCAUAGCCAGAGCGUGCUUUGAGGAGCUGCAGCGUGACUACAUCCUCUACUGGGUUCUUUUGGACUACACCUCUGACCUUAUCUACCUGGCUGAUAUGUUUUUCAGGACCCGAACAGGCUACCUUGAGCAAGGCCUGCUGGUGAAAGAUGAGAAGCUGCUUCGAGAUGAGUACAUGAAAAGCUUUCAGUUUCGUCUCGAUGUUAUCUCCAUGCUGCCCACAGACAUCUUCUACCUUAUCCUCGGCCUCGACUAUCCAGAGAUCCGCAUCAACAAGCUGCUGAGAAUUGGCCGAAUGAUGGAGUUCUUCACCAGGACCGAGACUAAAACAAACUACCCAAACAUCUUCCGCAUUGCAAACCUAAUCAUGUACAUCCUCAUUAUCAUCCACUGGAAUGCCUGCCUGUACUUUUCCUUCUCUAAAUCCAUUGGCUUUGGAGCUGAUGACUGGGUCUACCCUGCUUUGGAUAAUCCGGAGGAACCUGAGUUUGGACAACCAAUGAGAAAGUACGCUUUCAGCCUCUACUGGUCCACUCUGACUCUGACAACCAUUGGAGAAACCCCACCCCCAGCUCUUGACUCAGAAUUUUUCUUCCAUGUUAUGGACUUCUUAGUCGGAGUCUUGAUCUUUGCCACCAUAGUGGGAAACAUAGCCACCAUGAUUUCCAAUAUGAAUGCAGCCCAAGCCCAGUUUCAGGCUCGCAUUGACAACAUCAAACAAUACAUGCAGGUCCGAAGAGUCAGCAAGGAACUUGAGCUGCGAGUCAUCAAGUGGUUUGACUACCUGUGGAAUAACGGGAAGGCCCAGAACGAGAGAGAGGUGCUGCGGUACCUCCCAGACAAACUGAGAGCAGAAAUAGCCAUCCAGGUCCACAUGGACACCCUGCAGAAAGUUCGUAUCUUUGCAGACUGUGAGGCAGGUCUUUUAAUCCAGCUGGUGCUCAAACUCCGUCCACAGGUGUUCAGUCCUGGAGAUUACAUCUGCAAGAAGGGUGACAUCGGUCGUGAGAUGUACAUUAUAAAAGAUGGAAAGCUUGCGGUUGUUGCUGAUGAUGGUGUCACGCAAUUUGUUGUGUUGGGAAGUGGAAGCUAUUUUGGUGAAAUCAGCAUACUUAAUAUUAAAGGCAGCAAAGCAGGCAACAGGAGGACGGCUAAUAUUCGCAGCAUUGGAUAUUCUGACCUCUUCUGCUUGUCUAAGGAUGAUUUAAUGGAGUCACUGACAGAGUACCCAGAUGCCAAAGCCAUGCUAGAAGAAAAGGGACGGCAGAUCUUAAUGAAAGACGGUUUGAUAGAUUUGGAUCCGGCCAACAUCAAGCCUGAGACUAAAGAGCUGGAGGAGAAGGUCACCAAGUUGUACACAACGAUGGAGCUGAUGCAGGUGAAGCUUAAGAAGGUUUUAGGAAAUUAUAAAGCCUCUGGCCAAGCUCUGAAGCAACGAAUCGCAGAUCUGGAGCGUCUGACUGGAGAGGAGGUCGAAGAAGAAAUGGAUGAGGGAGAAGUGGUAAAAGAAGAUGCAAAAGUUGAUGAAGAAGGAGUGAAAGAAAAGGACAAAAAAGCUGAAGGGGAUGGAGAGGAAGGAGGAGGGGGGAGAAAUAGGUAAAAGUGACUAAGACAAACGAGGAAAAAGAUGCAGAGGAAGACGUGAAAGGAUGAAGAAACAGGAAAACAUAAAGCUAUGGUUAUAGCAACAUGCAUUUUAUCCAUCCAUCCAUUUUAAUCAGUUUAUCUGGAGUUGGAUCGUGGGGGCAGCACCCUAGGACAAGAGGCCCAGAUCUCCCUCUCCUCAUUCCCUGACCAGCUAAGAGACAUAGACCUUCCAGCGUGUCCUGGGUCUUCCUUUAGGUCUUCUCCAAGUCGGUCGUUCCCGGAGAACCUCAGGGAGGCGUCCAGGAGGCAUCUGGACCAAAUGCCUGAGCAACCUCAACUGGCUCCUAUCAAGAUGCAUUAUAUCAUGUAGCUUUAACAGAAUCUUUAUCACUAGUAAAUUUUUCAAUUCUGGACAUACUCAUGAAAUGACUCGACAACGGUAAUUGAAACAUAUCUGCAGAAAUGUUACUGUAGAUAUCUGUUACUGUAGAUUAAUCUUAGGUUGUUCUUGUUAUUUAGGUAAUUGCUCCAUAUGUGCAAAACGACUACUACUGGAAAAACCUCUGCUUUACCCCAAACUGCACUUUUCAUGUGGUGGAGGUGGAGAAACACUCCCUAAAUAAUCCUCAGCAGACAUAUUUAAAUAACACAAAUGGUUCGCAUUUUUUCAUUUAAAAUAUCCUUUCAUCUCAAGAAAAUUGCAAGUUUCCACAUCUUCAUUAUGUAAUAAUUUCUAAAAUAAAUAUCAGUACUUUGUAGUUCUUAAUAAAGCUCACUUAAUCUGGGUUUGUCAUGGGGAGUGGUUGUUGGCGCCGUGCUAAAAUAGAUAUUGCUGGAACAUAAUUACAGUAUCGGUUGACAUGAAACCAAAUGGAUGCAUGUGGCACUAGUGAGAUGUUUUUAGUGCUUUUUAUGCUUUGCUGCAGGUAAACUCUUGGAUUAGAAAAGUCAGUCAAUUCCAUGUCAAAAUGAAAAUCAGCAUUUAUGGAUUCACCCAUCUUAGGGAAAUGCUGCUGUUGCUAUUUAGCGUUCAGCAGAGCCUCUCGGCUAGUUGAAGCUAACCAUUAGCAUUGGCAACUCCACAUGGCAGAACUGCUUCAGACAUACAAAACGUUACCACUGCAGUGCAAACUGAGUUUGUGGUUGAGGUGUGUUGUUAUCAGCCAAUCAGAGAUGACAUGUCCAAAUAUCAGGAAAUAAUACUCCACAUCCUGCAACAUUCUGCUUCCACCUGCUCUGGCUCAAGUUCCUGAAACACAAGCUGCAAAUCUUGUUUUCUUCUCAGGAAUCGACUCACAAGACAUUGACUUAUACUAGAGACCACUGAAAAUGCGUUGGAGGAACGACUGAACUUGGUGUUUGAGACAAAUGCUAAUUUCCUUACAUCCAGGAAAUAAGACAGGAACAUCUCUCUAGAUCUCGCUUCCCUUAUCCAUUUUUACACAAGAUGACAUUUGUGACCUUGGGUGUCCUGAAAGGUGCUUUGAAAUAAAAUGUAUUAUUAUUAUUAUUAUUUACUUGGGCUACCAUGUACGGACUUUAAUGGAAAUGUGUUUCAGGUAAACCGUGACAGAACAAAUGACU